GCAGGUUCGGGCCCUCUGCGGCUGCGGACCGGCCGCCCCAUGCGGGCUCCGUCCCCCGCGGCAGCUCGCCGCCGCUGCCGGCCGCGCCGGGAUGGAGGCGCAGGGCAGCCGCCGGCGGCACCUCCCCGUCCUGCUGCUCUGGGACAGACCCUAAUGAAAUGAAUCUCUUAAAAUGAUGAAUAUCCAGGAAACAGAUAAUAAAGAAAACCUAUGCCAAUUGCAACCAAUAUUUUUAUGUGGGAUGCCUCUUGACAUUGUGUGAGAGCACAGGAGAAGUAAUUUCCACAGUUAAUGGUGUAAUGACGCUUGGAUUUGCAGGUGCACGUCAACAGACUGAGCUCUGCAAUGAAUCUCUCAUGUUAGAAAAGUUGCCUGCCUGUGGAAAAUCCUUUGAAGAGAUGAUGAAGAAAGUGGACUCAAGAAAGUGGUGCAACCUUACAGAAUUUAUCAUGUAUUAUGACAACUUUACCCAGUGCACAGAACGUGAAGCCAACAAUGCAAGUUGCUUUUGGCCAAACCCCCUUGCAGAAGGCUUUAUCACUGGCAUUCAUAAACAAUUCUUUUCAAACUGUACUUCAGAAAAGGUUCACUGGGAAGAUCCACCAGAUGAAAUUCUCAUAACACUGAUCUUGAUCCCAGUCAUGUUGACAUGUGCCAUGAUAACACUGGUAGUAUGGUGCAGCAAAAGAAGUGAUAUCUUAGUGUAAGUUCUUCCUCUGGGUUUUCUUUUUCUUCAUUUCUUUCUUCCCUAAACACUAAGAAAGGAGGACGAAGAGAGGAGCAUGGCAUAAAGAUUUCAGAUCUGCUGAAAUGGAACCAGUGAGAUACUGAGAUGCUCCUGUGAAUGAAGAGCUGCCUGCUGUUGCUGCUGCUGCUGCAUCACUGCUUCUGUCUUGACCAUGAGUAUUGCUGGUGGAAAGCUCUACUUCCAUCAAGCUUCAUCAGCAUGGAAUUCAGACACCUCCCAGAAACAGGAAAGUUCCCAGACAAAUGGACCCCUUGUCUGCAAAAGGAGUAAAGUUACUUUCCUGUGGGCAAAGGUGGCUGGUAAAGUUUUGCAAAGCUGUAUGUGUGUAAUACUGGCUGGGGGGGAAGUGAUAUCUCUUGAGGUUUUGUGCAGGACACUGAAGGUUUUCAUCUGUGAGCCCUGUGACUUGGAGAGAUCCCUGGCACAGGAACUGAUUAGGGAUAUAACCAGGUGGCAGCUUUUCUUAGAAGCUAGUCAAAAUCAUCAUUAUCAAAACUGGGAAGUAUUGUUCUGGCAAAGAAAUAACUCCUGCGUCCGGUGACUAUCUGCACAGGGAAAUUAUCCUGCCACAUUAUAAAAUAGUUUAUAAAACUCCUUUAAGCGUGACUGCUUGGAAUUUUAUGUCUUACAAACAAACUUUGGGAGGAUAUGCAAGUCGUACUUUACAGAGCUGGAAAACGUGAAAGGAAAUUGGUUGAUCAUAAAUACACUAAGGAGUAAUGAAGAAACUUUCAUACACCAGACUCUUUAUUUUUCCUCUUUUAUAAUUAUUAUUCUUGAUGACUUGUGUUCACUGUAUACUCCCCACUCUCACUCCAGUUUGUGCAAGCGAUAUACUACAAAUAAAUAUAAAGGUGUCAUGUGGAUUGAGGUGCCUUUCAGAGUAUUGUACAUAAAUAAUUCUUUGUCCUGUGAAGAGUGUGGGAACUAAAGUAUGAACACCAAAACUUGGAAUAGUAGUAGGAGGAAGGAGAAAAAUACAACUCAGAAAUCUUAUUCUAUAAAGUUAUGUAAUAGUUGAAAUAAAGAUCAUAUGCUCAAAACAAAAGAACUUCUAUGUGUUGCAAACCUUCUUUUCACAACAUGCCUUUCAGUCCAAUGCUUUUCUAUGACAAGUGUGCAAUGUCUGCUACAAGUGACUUUUCAUUUUUCCAUACAUUAUGCACACAAAUAAAAUACAGUUGAAUGGCUGAGUAAUUGUGUUUUAUAUAUUUUAUAGUUAGAUUUUCUCCUUUAAGGUUCUGGCUCCAUGUUUGAGACUUAGGUCUAUGAAUAUGAAAAGCAUUUCCAUGCUUGAAUCAAAUUAGAAGUGUUCAAUUUACUAGAUUAUUUAUCUACAUACAUUGUGUAUAGAUAAAUAAAUAAUCCUUAUAAGCUGUACUGGUUUGUUUUCACAUCUGUUCACAAGGGUUGAAGGCACCAGCUUGUUUAUUCAUUACUCUGAUGUUGGAAUGAUUUAAUUUUGAAAGUGUUUCCUGUGUGUUUUUCCAAAGACUCUUCCUCAUUCUCUAGAUGCUAGCAGAAUUUGCUCUUUGUAAAAAAGAAGAAUGAAACAAUGUAUUAAGCAAUUCUGUUUAAUUUUCUAUUGAACUUUUAUUUUCUGUAUUAAAAUGCAUUGCACCACCAAAACUAGUGGUCAGUGAAGACACCCCACCCAUUCAUUUUAUCCAAAAUAUUGUUUGGUUAAGCAUUUUGUGUGGCCAAAACCAAACAAUCUUAUAUUCUGCAUAGAGUUUCAUUUUAAUUCUCAUUUACUUAAACUUCAGCAAGCUUCAAGGCACGUUUCAAAACUUUGGUUUGGACACCACAUAGCAAAAAUUUUUACUUUUAUAAAACCACAUUCAUUUCAACCUAAUUGUCGUGUUUGGGGCAAAUUCUGGACAGUUUCUGACUCAUUUGAAAUCAUGUUCACCUAAUGAACAGGUUGCCUGAGAGAUAUCAGUCAGCUUAAUUCAUAAGCUUAAUUUAUAAGAUGGAUUGGCCUGGCUACUAAGUGAGGAAGAAAGCAUGAUGAAUUUAUACCACCAGGUGUGUACUGUGGUCUUUAAAAGAAUGCCAUGUUUAAAAUCUCUAGUUCAAAGAGUCUUUUAAAAUACAAGACUCAAAGGAACAGAAAUAGUAGAUUUUAAUUCAUGUGCCGUAGACUAGGGGUAGAGGAUGCUGACACUAGUCUGUGCUUUAGAGAUGAAAAUUUAAUCACUGUUUUGUGUCUUCCUCACCCAAGUGUGAUCUUCUAUUACUUUUUAUAUGGCUGAAGAAGGGCAGGGAACUUGAAACAGUGCAUGGAAAACAACACAGAUUUUGUAAUGUAGUCUCUGUGUUUUAAAUCUGAGAAAUGUGUUUUUAGGAAAAAUGCAGCUACAGUAGUUUGUUCUUAACAGUUGUGUACAUUAAUAGGGACCUAGAAUGAUAACUGUUGAAUCUUUUGACAUAGGUUGUAUUAUGUGUUGAUGAGAGUUAGUGCAUUUUAGGACCUUUUUACGCCCAAGUCUGUCUCCAUUGGCAAGAAAAUCACAUCUGGUACCAAGAAUCUGGCUCAUUUAUUAAUUGCAAAUUAAUUUGAUAUCACAACAGAGUCUCAGGAAUAACGUUAUUCAAAAAGAAAGAAAAAAACUUGUUCAAAAUCUUUCCUAGAGCUGGAACUGUGGUUGAUCCCCAGCAAUAUUUAGGCCAAAAGAGAAGUGACAGCUAGCUGACAUUGCUAAUUGCUGUGAGUUGUGGGAUUUUUUGCAUUCAGUAGCAACUUUGGAAGUGCGUAUUUCCAUGGGGUAUAAGAGCUCCAUCAAAGAGUUAACAGAAGAAGAUGAUGACUAGCAGGACCAAGACAAAAGCAGAAAGGGCUGUCAUCUCUUUCAAGAAAAAUAGGAGGCCAAAGGAGGAACAGAGUUCCUUCAGGGCAAGGAAAAAAUUGUCAUGAACACAAAAAAAUGUGGUCCUUUCUUCCAGGAGUAUGACCUCACCAUAACCAGGUUAGUAGCAAAUGUCUCUUGGGCAUUGGUAGGAAAUGGUGAGGAAAUCCUGCAUGCUGUCUGCAUAUGUCCAGCGUUCAUGCAGAGGGAAUCAACAGCCUCUUUCAUUUCUGGCAUCCCCACAAUUAAAUGAAUGAAUAUUUAAAUUCCCCUCUACACAGACUGGGCAUCCAGAUGAAUUUACUGGAAUGCUCAGCAGGUGUGCCCCUUUUCUGACUGGUGUAGGUGGUGUCUCUUCCUGCCUAAAUGUCAUGUGUGGAUCCUGGCAGCUGGUGUCCACCUGUUCCAAUAAAUUGGCUCUUUUGGAAACUGAAGCAAAGUAUGAAUUUUGCAAGGCAGCAAGAUGUAAUGCAGCAGUGCUGGACAUCAUUUUGCUUAAGCCUUGAUCGUCAGAAGUAUGAGGAUAUUUCAGAAAAUGAAAGUCCUGAGCUGUAUUUCCAAAGUCUGAGUUCCAUAGGAGGAAAAGAAAACAUUGUAUUUUUUAAACUCAUGGGUGGUUUGGAAUUAUAAGGAAAAUUAGUGACUGCCAUUGCUUCUUUAUACAAGAACUAUGGAGCUCUCUAUGUGCUUUGAUGGAAAUACAUGCAGUGGUGUCUUAAUACUCAGAAUAUAGAAAAAGCUAUAGAAUUUUAGUUGAAGAGUCUGUGUUUCUGCUACUCUAAAAGAAUUUUGAAAUAAGAAACUGCGACCCUCAAAUAGCUCUGUGGAUUUGAUAAGAAAAGCAAAUUUUCUGCACAGUAGGAAAUCUGUGGAGCAUUGAGGCUAGACCUUGUCUUUGUCUGAACUCUCAGCAGAACAUUUUGAAAGGAUACAAAGGGUAAUGGUGAAUAAUAGGCAUAGCCUGUCAACACCAACUGUGUCAAAGCACUCGGGGAGUGGAGGCAGACCCAGGUGGUCAGAGGCAGUAUAGAGGUGCCACCCUGCUUAGAGCUGGCUGUAAGAGCCAGCUCUGCUCGGAAUUGUCUGCAGACACAUCAAUGCAGUGCCGUACUCAGCUUUGAGGGAUGUGCCUUCUUUGCCUUAUGCAGAAACCAUCCCUAGCGUGAUGGCCUGGCUGGUGGAGUGGAGACAGCUUCAAAUGCAUUUGUAGAAGAUGUGCCUUUGUAGAAUUUGGAGUGUGCAUAUACAGACAAGACUACCAGGGUACUGGGGUUUUUUUUGGAACUUGCAGGGAUGGCAGCAGCAUAGUUGGAAUUACUCCUUAAGGUUUGACAUUCAGAUAUAACUGAGGUCUUUCUAAAUCCUUCAUGGUGGGAUAUUUUUUUCUUUACUAGUUUUUAUAUCUAGGGUGUAGAUAUCUGCAUGAGAACAGGGUCUCAUACUUUGUUUUCAUCACGUUCUAAGGGAGACUGUUUGUUUUCAUGAGAUUAAUGGUCAGAAAUGCUCUCAAAGAACCAUUAAAUGGAUCCUAGUGACAGUUUCACUGUAGCCUCAGCUACAGUGUGGUAGACAUCUAAAUUAUAGAGGCUGUUAAUCAUGCUCCCAGGUACGUUAGACCUCUGUUCUUCAGUGCCCCAUCUGAGUAGGGAUAAUCUCGGAAGGAUGCUAUGAGCAUAAGAAAGUGAAUGAUCACAAAUUGCUUAAAGAUUAUUGAGUUGUAGAACAUACUUACAACAAUCUAAUGAUUCAAAAUGACAGCAAUUAGAAAACCAGUGGGAAAUACAGCCAGGGAGAAUUUUCGUGAUUCAGUCCAUUUGGCUAAUUGUUUUUCUUUGUUAUAUUUUUAUUUGCAGUUAUUCUUUUUUAGAAUUAAAUGGGCUAAAAGGGGGAAAUAGGGAGCCUGUGCCUGUUAAAGCAGAGCCCUAAGUUUCUGAAAAAUGCCAUUGUAUUUCUCAUCUAUGAUUAACAUUAACAUGGCUCUUCUGUCAUCUUCAUUCUCCUGCUGCUCAGAACAGCAGGAGAAUGCAAUUUUUGCCUGACAGUUUCAAUACCAUUAAAGAUUCAGAAUGACAACAGUGGAAGCUUUUUAGCACAUAGCUGCUUAAAAGUGAAAUAUGUUGAGUGACUUGUAAACUAACUGAACUAUUCUUGGAGAGCACACCAGGGAGCUGCACAGGUGUAGAGAGAGUGAAUGGGAACACAGAUAAUUCUGCUGAAAAAAAUCACUUUAAAUCCUGGGAAAUUAUGGUACAUUUAAUUGCUCACCUCAUAAAAACAACCUUAGUUUGUAAUUCAAAAACAACUGGGGAAAACCUAAUUAUGUAUGUAAAUAUGUACCUUAUUUCUCCAUACUCUUCAACAGGACUGUAGCAUAAUCACAAGGGAAAUGUGCUCCUGUUUUCUAGCUAUAUAUAUACACAGCAUGCAGAUGGAGAAAAUCCAGUGAUCAAUCACCCUGUUGUUGAUAUUAUGGAGACUCCAUGGCUGAGUGUGAGUGGUGUAUCUGCUCAACAUUUGAUGCAUAAAAAAAUCCUGUAUAAACCAGAAAAUGUUAUGUGGGUGCCUGUCACUGUAAAGAGGAGAUCCCACUGGUUUAUGUGCGUGGGAAGCCAUUGGAGGCACAUGUCAGCACAGAGCCAAGCUUAAUUAGAACCAAGACACUUGGGGAGGCCAACUCAUAUCAGUCUUGGAGCAUACUUGUGUCUGAUCAGACUCCUAUAACAGCAAAAUAUUCAGAUUUUGAUAGACAGUAGUGUCAAUUUUUGCAAAAGCAAAGAUGCCUAUUUUAUGAGAACUGAACAAACAGGUUGUUUUGUUAGGAACUUGGAUAGGAACUAGAUUUGAAAGCAAUUGCACAUUCAGUCAUUCUUAUUUCAAAUGGCUGUAGUGAGGCUUGGAUUUGAGUAAGCUGUAAUGUUUAGCUAAUUAAACAAAAUAUUCAUUUAUAGAUAAAAUAAUGCAUGCAAAGUUACACUUUGAUUUUUAAGUUGGUCUCUGCCCUUUGCAUGAGUUUUAACCUGAAUGAAGACAGAAGAGUAAGGAAAAAAUGCCAGAUUAUUUUUAUGAAGUAUAAAGAAUUUUGCUAAUUUAUUUAAAUAAAUUAUUUAUUUUUUAUUGCUGUGGUUUAUUUUGCAAUUUUGACUUUGUAUAAAAGUACAUUACUUUCUUUAUGGUCAGCAUGGAUACUUUUUCAAAGACAUGAAGAUAUUAAUACAGACAACUGUUGCCUUGCUUUCUGUUUUAUUUUUGAUGAAAAUACUGGACACAGUUGUGUCAGGGUCACAUCUGAGCCAGCAGACCUGAAGGAAUAGCCAAGUCAGAUUAUAAAGGAAACCUUCUUAAUCCUAGUAGGGCACUGUAGUAGAGUGCUCCUUGGGGCUCUCUGGAGACACUCUGCAGACCGGGAAGCCUCAUUUGGAAAGACUUGAGUUUGCUGUCUUUUAACAAUUCGAAUAAUUUUUAAGGACAACUAUUAGUAAUUGAGGUUACAGUUUAUAGAAACUUGAUAGGAUCAGCAUUUUAGAGACCUGUGCACUAGGAUCCCCAUGCUGGGAUUUUCAGUAAGUGCAUUCCCAUGAGUUUCACUCUCUAAGGAGAGGUGUUUGCUUAGAGUAUGACAUUUAUGGUGUGGUUGCAAUGAAUUUUCCUCUCAGCAGGGAGUGAAUCCCAGUUCUCUUGGACUGCCUAAUUUGUCCCAGUUUAUUUUAAAGUGAAGAGCUCUGCAAGUAAAUUUUACCCUUUUAAGGAAUUAAUCUGGGCAAUAAAACUUUUUAAAACAUUGGAAGAAACACCAGUAUUUGACAAUCACAUUGGCAGAAUAUCUGCAAACUACCUGGUUUUUUUUCUGUCUUUCAACGAUUUGGUUUUGCUAGCAAAAAUAACAUGAUUUAGGAGUACUUUCUUGAGCAGAGUAGCAGAACUAGUAGUCCUUUCUAAUAACUAAAACCUUAAUACUCAACACAAAAUACUCUCAUAAAUCUACUACAUACACUUUGAUUUUCUUAUGCUCUUUUCAAGAAAAGAAACCAUUAAGCAUAAUUUCAGGACUUAAGAUGUGGUAAUUGAUCACUGGAUCCUCUCCAUCUGCAUGCUGCCUAUAAUCUGAAAUAAUGAUAUGUGGUUUAGUUAAAUGGUAUGCUCUGUCUCACCCCUCGAAAAUGUACGGUUCAUUCCAAGCCUCUGAACCUCCCCUGCAGUAUCAUGUAUCUGUAAUCCCAUUGGCCCGAGUCUUAUUCCGCGCCCACUUUGAAUCUCCCUCUUAAGCUGUGCGAGGGAGACGAGAUGCCCUCUUGGCCCCUUUUCUCCCUAGGUUCUCCCUCCCCCUCCCCCCCUUCCCCCCUUCUCCCUCAGAAACCACGCUGCUCCCGGGGGUGGGACCCCCAAUAAACCCUCAUCUAAUGAGCACCCUCAGAAGCCCUGUGGAGUCUCCUUGCCUGCCUGCUGCUACCAGCGAACAUACAGCUUAGGGGGCCCCCGGGGACCCCCAAACGGACAGGAACAAUUAUGAAAUUAUUUUUAUUUAAAAGUGAAGGAAAAUGCUUCUGACCUCAGGCUGCAUACUUUGGUAGAUUACAAGACUGAAAGAAAUGCUGUUUUGUGUAAUAUGCAGUAUUCUACUGUAUAUAUGCAGUAUUAUACUGUAUAAUGUAUACUCUAGGAUAACAGUUUAGAAAUACAAAUCAAGGGCAGCAACAGGUCACAAAUAUUUCUAAUACUGCAAAAGUGUACUAAUUAAACAGGAGUAUUAUGCUGAGGAAAAAUCAACAUUAUAGUAUUUGCUUACAUAAAGGGUCCAAUACAAUAGGUUAUGAUGCUAGUUGAGGCGUUCAUUAAAAAAUGAAACCCAAACCCUGGUGAUGAGCAGGAAUGCAGUUAGAUGAAUGCUUGGAAAAGCAAAGACCUAGAUUUGCAUCAGCUGCUGAAGUUUCCUAAAAGUAAACAGAGUUUGAUUUGAGUCUGUCAAAUGUUUUUGCCCUGCCGUGGAUUGCUAUGCUUAGUUGCCCUGGGUUCCAGAAGUUUUAAGAACAUUAAAUUUAAGAGAAGAAACAAAGCUAAUGAAGUAAAAUUUAAAAAACAGUGCAACUUAAUAAUGUGUAUUCCAGAGACCAUAAUGCAUUCAAUUCUGCAUUGAUAAACCCACAUUGCUCAUCAGUUUUUCUUUUUUUAUCACUUUAGGCUUGCAAAAAUGAAAGUUUUGAUUUCACUUGCUUAGAGGUGGGUUAGUUUUAUGGGUCCAAACUCUAUUUCACAUUCUCUUGUUGUAUGGUAUUUAUAGAGCGUUAUGAACAUGCUCAUUUUCUGCCCAUGUACUUCAUGGUAAGAAAUCAGUGUUGGAUUCCCUUGCUUGCAGAGGUGUAACAAAAAGGGUCAGCUCUGCAUUUGGAGACACUAGAUGUCCUUUUUUGUGCAAUUAGUAUCACUCCAAUUGCCAUGAUGAGAAGUUUCAGGGAGAAGUGUGGUAAGAAGUAGAACAGUGCAUCCUUUCUGUUAGACUCAAUUCCUUUGAAGAGAAUUCAAAGAACAAGAACUUUCCUUUUGGACCACAGCAUGUGCCUGUCUUAACAGUCUCCUUUAAUAAGGUUAACCUUCAUUUUAGCUCAAUAGCUUUAAACAAAUGUCAGUCAAACAUUAUCUCCACUGCUGCAUGUCUUAGUUCUCUUUCAUUCUUAGUGCAGUCUCCAGAGUCUUAAAAUAUUUUGCCCUUCAGAAAUACACCAAGCAGCACUCAAGAUUCCUUUAAAAUUUUGCUGGUAUUUAUAAAUGUUAUCAAAUGGAAAAUAUUACCUAUUCCCAUUUAUCUAUACAUCAUAGAAAGAUGUAUAUAAGGAGAAGUAAAAGGUAACAGACGUAUUGUCUUGAAUGAAAAAUUACAAAGUUUCCAGAUGAUGUAAAACUUGACAUACAUUUUACAGUUCCUGUAACAAGUGUGGUGUCAAAAAUCAUAUAAUCAGUGUAAGUAUUCAUUUAAAUUUUUAUUGUAUUUGUAAAAUUAAUUUAUACAGAAGUUACAGACUGAUGUUUUCCCUUGGCUUCUAAAUUUCCCUAGUGUUUUAAAGUACACUGUAUAUUGUACAGAGGUUUUGUAACACAAGUGAGGACAUGUAGGAUGAAUUUGUCAUACUCAUAUUCUGUUGUGCCCAAAGCUAUUAUUAAAAUCAAAGUGUUCAUAGAAGAAAGGCCAAUGCAGUAACCAAUUGGACCACCCAGUUCACAGACAAAAAUAGAGUAUCAUUCUCUGCUUUGAAUAUAUGCUAUUCUUGCUCAUGGGAAUACAUAGUUAAAGGAAAAAAUGUGGCUGUUGUUAUUCCUAAUGUUUGUUACAAAUGGAAUGCACCAUUUUUUAUCCUUCUGUAAAGUACUAUCCAAAGUAAAAGUCUUGGAAUAAAAAAAAAAACAACCAAAAAAAACCAAAA